UUUCUGUCUGCAGAUAAUAUCUUGUAAGAAAUGGCUACUUCAAAUCAUUCCUCCAUGACUGACUUUAUCCUUGAAGGGUUAACAAAACACCCAGAGCUUCAGUUGCCACUCUUUUUACUGUUCCUUGGAAUAUACGUGGUCACAGUGGUGGGGAACCUGGGCAUGAUCCUCUUAAUUGCUAUCAGUUCUCAACUUCACUCUCCAAUGUAUCAUUUUCUCAGUCAUCUGUCAUUCAUUGAUCUCUGCUACUCCUCAGUCAUUACCCCAAAAAUGCUGGUGAACUUCAUAUCUGAGAAGAACAUUAUCUCCUUUUUGGCAUGCAUGACUCAGCUUUAUUUCUUCCUUGUUUUUGUAAUUGCAGAAGGCUACCUUCUGACUGCCAUGGCGUAUGACCGUUAUGUAGCCAUCUGUAGCCCACUGCUUUACAAUAUUAUCAUGUCCCAUAGGGUCUGCUCCAUAAUGAUGGCUGUGGUAUAUUCACUGGGUUUGUUUGGGGCUACAGUCCAUACUACCCACAUGUCAGUAUUGUCCUUCUGUGGGUCUCAUGUUGUUAGGCAUUAUUUUUGUGAUAUUCUCCCCUUGUUGACUCUCUCUUGCUCCAGUACCCGUAUCAAUGAGAUACUGCUGUUUAUUAUUGGAGGAGUUAAUACCUUAGUACCUACAGUGGCUGUACUCAUCUCUUAUGCUUUCAUCCUUUCGAGCAUCCUCCAUAUUCACUCUGCUGAGGGACGGUCCAAAGCCUUUGGCACCUGUAGCUCUCAUCUCAUGGCUGUGGGUAUCUUUUUUGGAUCUAUCACAUUCAUGUAUUUCAAACCCCCUUCUAGCAAUACUAUGGAACAGAAGAAGGUGUCCUCAGUGUUUUACACCACGGUGAUCCCCAUGCUGAAUCCCAUGAUCUACAGCCUGAGGAACAAAGAUGUGAAGGACGCACUGAGAAAGGUGGUUGGGGGAAGGUGGUCAUGCUGACUAAAGGCAUUCUCUGAGGGAGCAAGAAAAA